AUGGGGUCGCUGGGCUGCGAUUACUUCACAGCGAAUUGCGGUACCGGAGGCGAGAGCGUGAAACAGCAGCAGGGUCCACGUGGAAAUUUGCCUGAUAUUCGGCUCAACAUUCAAAGACCGAUUCUAGCAGACCAGACUAAUGUGCUGACAAGCGGUAGUUUUGUACCUAUCGAGGCCAAUGUCAUUCAGCGAACCCCCGGACCAAAUCGACUGUCCAAGAAGAAUUUGAAAAGAUCGGCGGGGGUAGUGGUGGCUAUACCCUGUUCACCACUGGCCAUAGAACAGCUACAAAUUCCUUAUAAAAAGGCUCGCAAGGAUGCCACACAUAAUGGUUUAACUCCGGAGAAUAUUACCCAGGUUAUACAGGCAGUCAUAAAUCCGCAAAUUGCGCCACAUGGAGCGGCAUGGACUGAUCCCAAACACCGUGUGAUCGGGGACGUGGAGGUGUAUGUGCCUGAGUCGCCUACAGAGACCGUCACUGUGCAACCGGAUGGGACUAUACAGCACGCCCAUGGAGAUCCCCAGUGUGCGCCACCACCAGAGCUGACCGCCGACGAUUGGGCUGGUCUUGACGACAUCUCGUCCUGGACUUCAUCGUUGUUGGAACAUAUCGACUUCACUCCUGCGCAGUGGAUCGACUCUCCAGCUACAUCCGUAGAGGCUACCACCAGUGCAGAGCCUGUACAACACCAUCAGCCUGCAGAUCCUGCAUCUGGACCCCUACAAGCCGUUCAAGACCCUAUCAGCGACCCCCCGUGCACCGUGAGUCCCAUCGCUCAUGAGAUGUAA